CAACUUGACAGAUGGGUGUGGCAUGCAUCUGAGCAGUUCGUGGCAGCUCUUGACUUCACCCACCUGGCAGAACUUACUGACCAGGACCACGUUGAAGGCCGCUGUGAGACGCUACGAAAGCAAAGCUCAGUCUGAAAAAGUCCUCCUACUAUUUUAAAACCAUGCGUGAAUGCAUCUCUGUCCAUGUGGGCCAGGCGGGUGUACAGAUGGGGAACACCUGCUGGGAGCUCUACUGUCUGGAACAUGGCAUCCAGCCAGAUGGCCAGAUGGCAAGCAGUUCCCCCACAGGUCCUGAGGACUCCUUCACCACUUUCUUUAGUGAGACAGGUGCUGGGAAAUGUGUCCCAAGGGCAAUUUUUGUUGAUCUGGAGCCCACUGUCAUUGAUGAAGUGAGAACAGGAAAAUACCGUCAACUCUUCCAUCCUGAAAAGCUGAUCUCUGGAAAAGAAGAUGCUGCGAACAACUAUGCCAGAGGUCAUUACACUAUUGGCAAAGAGAUCAUAGAUAUUGUUUUGGACAGAACACGUAAACUGGCUGAUCGGUGCACUGGUCUGCAAGGUUUCCUCAUCUUCCACUCCUUUGGUGGUGGUACUGGCUCUGGUUUUACCUCCCUGCUAAUGGAGAGGCUGUCUGUUGAUUAUGGGAAAAAGUCAAAGCUUGAGUUUGCCAUCUACCCAGCACCCCAGGUUUCUACAGCAGUAGUGGAGCCUUACAACUCCAUUCUAACCACCCACACCACCCUGGAGCACUCCGACUGUGCUUUCAUGGUGGACAAUGAGGCCAUCUAUGAUAUCUGCCGCAGGAACCUUAAUAUUGAACAUCCCACCUAUACCAAUCUGAACCGCCUUAUCAGCCAAAUUGUGUCUUCAAUCACAGCAUCUCUCCGCUUUGACGGAGCCCUGAAUGUUGACCUGACAGAGUUCCAGACCAACUUGGUGCCUUAUCCCCGUAUCCACUUCCCUCUGGCCACUUAUGCUCCAGUGAUCUCUUCUGAGAAAGCCUACCAUGAGCAGCUGUCUGUGGCUGAGAUCACAAAUGCCUGUUUUGAACCAGAUAAUCAGAUGGUGAAGUGUGACCCACGUCGUGGUAAAUAUAUGGCCUGCUGUCUGCUCUAUCGUGGUGAUGUUGUACCCAAAGAUGUAAAUGUAGCCAUUUCUAAUAUUAAGACCAAAAGCAGCAUCCAGUUUGUGGACUGGUGUCCCACAGGUUUCAAGGUGGGGAUCAACUACCAGCCUCCAACUGUGGUUCCUGGAGGAGACCUUGCUAAGGUGCAAAGAGCUGUGUGCAUGCUAAGCAACACCACUGCCAUCGCUGAGGCCUGGGCCAGGCUUAACCACAAGUUUGAUCUCAUGUAUGCCAAAAGAGCCUUUGUCCACUGGUAUGUUGGAGAGGGAAUGGAGGAGGGAGAGUUCUCAGAGGCCAGAGAAGAUAUGGCUGCUUUGGAGAAGGAUUAUGAAGAGGUGGGCAUUGACUCAUUUGAAGAAGAGGAGGAAGGCGAUGAAUAUUAAAUAAAAAGCAAAAUAAUGUUAUUUAUUAAAGAAUGGAACCCACUCCUUGCAUAUUUUCAAAUAUUUGUUUUGUAUUAAUCAUCUUGACCUCUUUUUAUUGUCCAGUGAAGUUCUGUUUUUUAGGGUUUGGCUGGGUUUUUAUUUAUAUCAGAACAUUAAAACAUAUUAAUCUUA